AUGUCCAAAAGAAACAUUUUCGAGAAACAAGAUAGUAAUUUAUCAAGAAGAUCUUUAAUAAAAUAAAAUACAAAUAGAAAUUUAACAGGCUAGAAAACUUUAUUUUCUAAAUUUUCUUCUACUCUUUUCAAACAAUAAGAAGCCAAAUAAGAAGAAGGUUAUUUUAAAAAUCUUACUUUUAGAGAUUCAAUUCUUAAUUAAAGAGAAGUAGUAAUGCAUUCGUGUUUUAAUCUAUUUGCUUUAGAAUUAUGAUGGAAUGGAAUAAUUUUUGAAAAAAUAAUCUGUCAUCGGUCCAUUAAAUUCAUAUGAUCCCAUAACAUAAAUUUACUAAGAUAUAAGUCCAAUUAGAACGUAUAUUUAUUUAUUUAUUAAAGAGAAUUGAUCUAUUAUUUUUAGAUAAUCUCUGUACGAGAUUUUCAUGAUUUUUAUGUUGAUUUUUACGCUACUUUUGAUAAGAAUAAAAAUUUUUCACUUGAACCAUUUGAAUUUAAAUAACUACUUGAGGUUGCUAUUAAUAAAUGUGUCGGUUCUAAAAAAUUUAAGGUUGUUACUGAUCUUUUUUUAGAGGAUCGUUCAUCAUAUGACAACUAAUUAAAUGAUAAAAUUUUUGAAGAGAUAAUUGAUUUUUUUAGAGACUCAGAUAAGGAAUCAAAAAUAGAUUAUUUAUUAGUAUUUCCCUAUAUUCUAAGUUUUUUUUUAGAAUACACUUACUAAGAAAUAAAAUAUCGAUAAGGAAGAUUAGAUUUAAUGAGAGGAACAGAAAUAAUAAAAGGAAAGGAGGUAGAGAUAAAAAACAUAACAAGUUUAGUUACAAUACUUAAGGAGAUGGGAAUAGAUUAUCUUAGAGAUAAAAGAACUACAUGUUUGACAUAUAGGGAUGUUGAAAACGUUUUAAUUAAAUUAAAAAAUAUAUAGAAAUGGAUAACAUUUGAUAUUAUCAAAUAGAUUAUAAAUUAAUUAGCAAAAUUAAUGUCAGUAGAUCCUAAAACUUAAAAUGAAGGGUAACCAUUAAAACUACAUAAAAUAAUUAAUUUUUUAGCAUUAAAAUUGUGUAUACAUUAAAAUUGUCUACACAUAAGUAGACAAGAUAAGGAGAAAUAGAAACCACCUUCAGCAUAUUUAGAAGUAUUAGUUUUAUGGAAUGCUGCUAUGUAUGGAUAAAUUAUGAAAUAAACUAAUUUAGAGUCAUAAUUUUAAAGAUUUCUAGAUAAACAUUAUUCAAAUAAUUAAAGUUUUAGUAGAGUUGAAACUCUUAAAUUAUUGGAAUAAUUUUUUAAAAAGAAAUUUCAAUUAAUGCCUAAAGAUUUAAUUAAGAUGAUUUUAGAGCAACAUUCUUCUUUUUAAACUAAAUAAGUUAUUUAACCUCCAAUAUAAAAAGAAAGUUUACAAAAAGAACUUUUUUAAAUGAUGUGUAGAGAUGGAUAUAGAAAAUUGUAAGAAUAUAUUAGAAUAAGUUAUGAAGGAGUAUCUAAGACUUCGAAUAAUGAUAAAUUAGAAUAAUAUAAAGGGUAAGGGAAAAAUUUUAAUGAUGAUCAUUAAAUUAAUUCUCCAAUAUCAAGUGAUAGGUAGUUAAAAACAAAAUAAAUUGUAAAUCCUAAAAAGAUUAAUUAAUAAAUAUAAUAAUAAAAAAGUCAAGAUUCUAAUUCAGAGAGUGAAGUAGAAUAAGAAAAAAAACCAAUAAAUAGAUUAAAAAAAGUAGUUAAAGUUAUAAGUUCAGAAUAAGCUUUUGCCUCAGGAGCUGAAUAAAAAAAAGAUGUAUUAAAAGCAUGUUUAAUAAUGGAUAGUUUUUUGAAAAGACAAAGUUAAAUGUAUUAAAAAAUGCAAUAGAGCAAAAUACAAAAUUAAAGUUGUGAAACUCCUUUAAAAGAAGAAAGAUAAAAUGAAAUUAAAUUAUUUGAUCAAGAAACUUAAUAAAAUAUAGGAAAAAAGAAUUAAGAUGAGGAUAAUAUUAAAAUAAAAAAAAAUAAUAAAGUUAAAGAGAAAGAAAAUAAAUAAGAUAAAUAAUAAUUUGAGAACACAAAUGAUGAUUAAAGAGAGGAAUAAAAUUAAGAAGAGAAGCAUAAGAAACCUAAAUUAAAUUAAGUUCGUCCAAUGAUAAUAUUGAAAGAUAUUAGAAAACCAUCAUAAUCAUAAUCUGGAGAUAUAUUUUCAGUAGCUGGAAAAGCAGAUAAAAAUGUAGGUCCUUCUAAUUUUAAGAAUGCAUAUUAUGGACAUUUGAAUACAUAGUAGGAUGCUUCAAAAAUAAUGAAUUGGAGUACUUCCACAAAAAGUUAAAUAUUUUAAUUAACAGAUGAGGUAAUAAAUAUUUAUUUAAUUAAUAGGACUUUAAGGAUGAUUAGGGAAAGUUUCAAGUUGUUAUUGAUGAUGUUUAAUUAUAAACAUAAAUUUAGAUAUAACAAAAUUAAGCAAAAACUAAAAGACCUAAGGAUAGAUCAACUUGUUAUUAUUGCACUAUCUAAUGA